AACGAUUUCAGCUGUCUGUCGAUUUGUUUGUAAACAAACAGAAAUGGCAGUUAAUACCAAAGUUUAUGAGAUUAUUUUGGAAAAUGAAAGAGUAGCAGAUCAGAUACUUCAAAACAAGCAACUGAUUGUUGAAUAUGACAUGAAACGUCAAGGCAAUCGAGAAGCACUAAGGGAACUAAGAAAAUCCGAAGAAAAAAAUGUGUGGAUGACGGUUGGCUCUAUAUUAAUUGAAAUGGAACGUGACAAAGCAAUUGAUGCAUUAUUGGAAGAACAAAAAAAUAUUGAUAAGGAGAUUGACAAUUUGAGAGAUGAGCAAUUGCUGAUGAUAAAGAAGCACAAAGAUCUCGAGAUGGAUAUCAUGCCUAGUGGGUUUGGUUUAAAGCCGCUCAAUAAAACCGAAAUGUCUGCCCUCAAAAAUAAUUUAAAUCUGUGAUAAAAUUUUAGAAAUAAAUUUUAACACGUGCUACAUCACGUAGCCUACAUUCUGCAAGCAGUCUUGAGUUUAAAUAAAAAAUAAACUAAUAAUUCUUCUUUGUACAACAUU